AACAAGUUAUUAUUCUGUAGUACUUUAUGCAUGUAAUUUGAACGAAUAUGACGCUUUAUAACUUAUAUUCUUAUUUGUCGAACACGACAACAGCACUUCUUGUUAUAGUAAUUUUAGUGUUUUAUUAUUUUAGUACAUCAACAUACGAUCACUGGCGUAAAAGAAAUGUACCAUAUUAUCGCCCCAUCCCUUUAUUUGGAAAUUUCAUAGAAUUCGCAUUUGGAUUGAAGAAUAUGGCAUUUGUAUUUGAAAAAUUGUAUAGACAUCCCAGCAAUAGUAAAUAUGUUGGAAUAUAUCAAAUGAGAUCGCCACAUUUGUUAGUUCGAGAUCCAGAACUUAUACAUAAUAUCCUCAUUAAGGAUUUUUCUAAUUUUAUAAAUCGUGGAAUACCAAUAGAUGUCGAAGCAGCGCCGAUCGCUAAUCAUUUAUUUUUUAUGAAUGGACAGCAGUGGAGGAUUAUGAGAAAUAAAAUGAGCCCAGUUUUUACAUCUCGCAUGUUGAAAAAUAUGUAUGAUCAAAUUAAAGACUGCAGUAAUGUUUUAUUAGAAAAUAUCGAUACAAAACUAAAGCAGAACAAUAUCCUUGAAGUAAGAAGUAUGCUGGGAGAUUACUCCACCGAUGUAAUUGGUACCUGCGCAUUUGGUUUAAAACUCAAUUCAAUUACUGAUACCGAUUCCCCUUUCCGAAAAGCUGGCAAAGCGGUAUUUAAUCCAACAUUUGAGACUUUGCUUAGUCAAAUGGUAACAAUGAUUUCACCGUCAUUAAAAAAAAUAUUACAUUUACAAGAUAUGCCAGCAAGUGUUGUUGAGUUUUUCAAAACAGCUUUUAGUGACACCAUAAAAUACCGAGAAGAUAAUAAUAUUUUAAGAAAUGAUCUUGUGCAGUGCUUAAUGCAAGCCAACACAGACUUGGUAAUAAAUAAAAAAGAACCUUCAGUUGAAUUUAAAUACACUGAUAUUGUUGCUAAUGCGUUUAUAAUGUUUCUUGCUGGUUUUGAGACCGUAUCAUCUACAAUGAGUUUUUGUUUGUAUGAAAUCGCCUUGAAUAAGUCUAUUCAAGAUCGGGUUCGAGAAGAAAUGGUUAAUUUGUUGGAAAAACACAAUAAAGAAAUUAAUAAAGAAUUUUUAUCAGAGCUGUAUUAUUUAGAAAUGGUUAUAUCAGAAACUCUGAGGAAAUAUCCUCCGGGUAAUUUGCUAUUUAGAGAAGCAUUAGAAGAUUAUCCUGUUUCGGAUGACAAUUUUAUAAUUGAAAAAGGUACAAAAUUGAUAAUACCGAUCUAUAGUUUACACAUGGAUUCCAAAUAUUUUCCUGAUCCUAUGAAGUUUGACCCAAAUAGAUUUACUGCAGAGGAAAAAACUCGACGUCUCAACUGUACAUACAUACCAUUUGGAGAUGGACCACGUUUUUGUAUAGGUAAACGUUUUGCUGAAAUGGAAAUGAAAUUGGCACUCACUGAACUAUUAACAAGAUAUGAGGUAGAACCUUGUGUAAAGACUGACGUACCAUUAGAAUUCCAAAUAAGGGCUCCAAUAUUCACACCCAAAAAUGGAAUUUGGUUAAAAUUUAAUAAACUUUCAUUUGUGCGCACAGUAAACACCAUGUUAUUCAACAUGAUUUUCAAUUUUUAUGACAUUGUUACUAUCUUAGUUUUUAUAGUAACUGCACUUUUUUAUUAUUUUAUAACUUCUACUCACAAUUACUGGCGUAAAUUAAAUGUGCCGCAUUAUCAUCCUCUUCCCCUGUUCGGGAACAUGUUUUAUUUUGUAAUUGGAUCUAAAAACCUAGCACAAUCAUUUAAUGAUAUUUAUAAACACCCCACAAAUAAGAAAUAUGUCGGAUUCUAUCAGAUGAGAACUCCGACGUUGUUGAUUCGGGAUCCCGAGCUUAUCCGUCGAAUACUUAUUAAAGAUUUUACCUCUUUCGUCAAUCGAGAUUUAUAUAUCGAUACAGAAGGAACUCCAUUGUUGAAUCAUUUAUUUUUCAUGAAAGACGAGCAGUGGAAAAUAAUGAGACAUAAGUUAAGUCCAGCAUUCACAUCAAGGAUGCUGAAAAACAUGUAUGAUCAAAUUAAAGAAUGUAGUGCUGAAUUGCUGGUAAGAAUUGAUAGACAUUUAGAAAAAUGUAGUAUUAUUGAAGUGAGGAAUAUGAUGGGAGAUUAUUCGACUGACGUUAUCGGUACGUGUGCUUUUGGAUUAAAGCUUAACUCAAUCAAAGAUUGCGAUUCACCAUUUCGUAAAGCCGGUAGAGCAUCCAUAAAUCCAACACUAAUGACAAUAUUGGCCCAAAUAUUAGGAAUGAUAUCUCCAAGAUUAAAAAAUAUGUUGAAUUUAAAAGAAUUACCAUUGGAAGUUUUAAACUUUUUUGAAUUGGCUUUUGAUGAUACUAUGAAAAAUAGAGAAAAUAGCAACAUUUUACGAAAUGAUCUUGUGGAUUUCUUAAUACAAGCAAAUAAUGAUUUAGUUGUCAAAAAAACUGAACCAUCAGUUGCAUUCAAAUACACUGACAUUAUUGCAAAUGCGUUUCUAAUGUUUUUUGCUGGUUUUGAAACUAUUUCAUCAACAAUAAGUUUUUGUUUGUAUGAACUCGCUUUGAAUGAAUCUAUUCAAAAUUGUGUACGUGAGGAAUUGAUUCAACAGAGAGCCAAACACAAUAAUCAAAUUAGUAGCGAUUUUUUGUCGGAUCUUCAUUAUUUAAAUAUGGUUAUAGCUGAAACUUUAAGAAAAUAUCCUGUUGCCCCGAAUCUUAUUAGAAAAGCAACGAGUAAUUAUGAAGUACCCGAUGACGAUCUCGUUAUUGAAAAAGGAACACAAGUGAUUAUACCUGUUUAUAGUAUACAUAUGGAUCCUAAAUAUUAUCCUGACCCUAAUACAUUCAAUCCAGAAAGAUUUGAUGUUAAAGAAAAAGCAGAGCGUCCAAAUUGUACAUAUCUUCCAUUUGGCGAUGGACCUCGUAUUUGUUUAGGGAAACGAUUUGCAGAAAUGGAGAUAAAAUUAGCUCUCGUUGAAAUAUUGUCAAAGUAUAAAGCUGAGCCUUGUGAAAAAACUGAUGUACCAUUAAUGUUUCUAAAAAAAUCUAUUUUCUUAAAUCCAAAAAAUGGAAUAUGGUUAAAAUUUAAAAGUAUUUCUGCUUAACAAACAUUAUAAUCAAAUUCUCUUAAAACUUAUUAAAUGAGCUAGACUGCUUCAAAUUUUAUUAACUCGAUUUUAAUUGUCCCCCGAGCUUUAUUAUCUAUACUACUUGAAAAAUAAAAAAUGUAUUAUUAAAUCUUUUUUUCCUAGCUGAUCGAGAUUUUUUAAAUAUCAUAUUACUCAAUAAAGUAAUUUUAUAGAUGUUUUCAUAAUUCUAUUAACUCAAAUACUCGAUAUUAAAAAUCAGGUGAAUUAAAAAAAAAAAAAAAAAUAGAAUUUGUGAAGUUUAACACAUAUUUUUUUUCCGAAAUCUGGAACUUAUUUUUAUAAAGAUGUACUAGAUAUGUUUAUUUAUACGCACAACAUUCACUAACUGAUUUUCAUUCUAUGGUAAAUUUUAUUUAUAACAUCACAGUUUAAUAUUUUUGAGUGAUACUAAACAUUACAACUAUAAGGUUUUCAUUAUAAUAAAUUUCAUAUGUUUUGCACUGUUUGAUACUUAUAAUUAAUAAUUUUUAUGAAUAAAUGAAAUUAAAUGUACAUAUAAUCAAUAUCUGUAAAGAUUGUUGAUUAUAUUAAUAGAUUAUAUAUGGGGACUUAAAAGUUAUUAUUAAUGUAAAUACUUAUAAAAUAUGGUUAUUGAAGUAAUAUAGGAAUACAUUAUUUAUUAAUAUGAAUAAGCAAUUGAUUUUUGGUGUCUCUUGUCACUUUUUCUCAGCUCUCACCGGACCGAUUUAUUUUAAUGAUAAGUCAAAAGAUCACAAAUCGUACCUAUUUCCCUCGUUCCCUGUACUAAAUGUGGGAAACCCGCAAAAAAAUUACGAUUUUUAAAAUCGAUAAAUUUCGAUAUUUUUAAAAUUUUUUUUUAUUAGAACUGUCACAAUUUUUUUAAAAAUGAACAAAUAAAAAUAACUUUUUUUUUAUAUAGAAACAUAAAGUGUUUUCCUUUUAUUUGAUAUCAUUUUUUAAAAAUUUGACUCUUUAGCUACACACAGGGGGGGAUUCAAAAUAGCAACUUUUUUUACAAAAAUAAACUUUUAAAAAUGUUUUGGAAAUACUGCGUCUUUUAAAUACAUUUUAAUUAAAGUUUAUGUUAUGUACUAUAAAUUUAAAAAAAACAUUUGUCCCGACGACUUAUCUUCUAUGUGAUAAUGGCCAUCGACUUUGAACAAAUUUAUUAAAUAUUUAAUAAAUAAAUAAAUAUUUAUUUAUAUAUUAUACCCAUAUAUCAUAAAACUUGUAAGUAGGAUAUAAAUAAUGAAAUUGGAGUUAAGUUUGCUUUGGGAAUAAUCCACCAAUUUCUUAAAAUUAAGCACAAUGUACAGAUUUGCAUCGAAGUGUUUCUUAUAAUCGUGAUUUUAAUUACUGUCAGAUUUCAUCUAUACUUGUCCAAAUUAUGCCACGUCUACCAUGUAUGGCGACCCUACUGUGCUACCGUUUUUUUAAUAUUUUAAACUCUAUAUUGCUCUAACGUUUUUUGUGGGUAAAAAAUUCUUUUCACAAGUAUCUUAAUUUUAUCCUUCCCAUAAGACAUACUUAAAAAAAUCAAAUGUUCAUUAAAUUAUUUGAGAGGAACUGAAAAAAAUUCAAGUAAAUUUAACAUUAAUAUCAGAACAACUCCUGACCUUAGAAUCAAUUAAUUUUAUUAUAAUAGUUUAUGAUUUUACUAAAUAGCAUUUGUUUAAUCGUAAAAAAUUACUAUUAAUAUUAAUAAAAAUAUAACUUAAAUAAAUUAUAACUUUAUAAUUGUUGAGAAAUAUUUUUUUUUGUUUAAUGUCAAUAUCUCUAUUAAUAUUGAAUAUAUAUCAAAAUGGAAUAUAACCAAAUGUAUUUAAAAAUGUAUUAUUGAAUAAAAAGGGAAGCAAACAUUUUUCUGUAAUACUUAAAUUUAAGUGUAAAAAGUAAAAAAAAUUACUUAAUUUUAAAAACUUAUAUUAUUUGACUAGAUACAUGAUAUUUUAAAUAAAAUAUAAGAUUUGUUUUCGAACAUAAUAUUCGUUGAAUAUUAAUAAUGUUUACUUAACCAUACUUUAAAUACUUACCUUUUUUUUUAUAAAAAAAAUAACAUUAAGUUUAUUAUUUUAAUUGCAAACAUAAGUAAAAAUUAUAUUAAAAUAAAAUUACUGUAAAGUCAUUAUUUUAGACCAUAUUUUGUUAAGAUAAUUUUGACGAUAUUGUUGUACUACCAAAAAUAAAAAUGUAUAAUGUAAAUUUACUUUUUUAAUGAAUUGUUAUUAAAAAUUUAGUAUCAACACAUACUGCUUUUGAUUUUCAUUUUUAGUGAAACGUGUGUUACAUUCAUCCAAUGACAUAGAAUUUGGUAGUAUCAAUUACAGCACUUAAAUAUUUCUAAAUAUUUUUAUCUUCAACGUAACACACAAUAUUUGGCCAAUUUGUCGUAUUUUAAUGCAAUAAAUUCAGAAUAUCAGAAUCGUCGAAAAAUGUUUAUUGACUUAUACAUCAAUUAUUCGAUUACAACUAAAAACGAAAA